UACAGGCGCACAGAAAUGACAAAUCUGGUCAAACAGCAUCUUUUCCCACACUUCAACACACAGAUCUUCUUUAAAAAUAGCCGGGGCUUUUUUGUUUUGAGAGCCGGGCAUGGCAAAUUAUUUGUGACCCACGACUUACUGUGACGAUGUGUCCCCUGGUAUGUUGGAGGUGUGUGAUGAAUGCGAUUCCCUAAUCCUGGGAGACGUGUUGGUGGUAUUCAAUUUUAGAUCCUCAUCUUGUGGCAGGAAAGUGUGGAAGUUAAGGUCCACUGAAUAUCCCCGCCAGUAAUUAGAGUCUGGACCGGUAUGAUAAAUUCAGUGCAUAAUAUGCCUGAGCAGCAUGCAUGGUGGAGAAUUGGAGAUUGUUUUUCAUUUCUGUUGUUGAAAUUCAAAGGGAAACAGAAAAUCUUGACUGAUAUUAAGGGGGAAAAAAACAACUUUCUGGAUUUUAGAUUUUCUGUGAGUCAAUCACAAAAACCAGCAGGGUGCAGGCAUGAGCUUUUCUAAAAAUAAAAAUAAAUAAACAGUCUAAAUGGUUUUCUUUUUGUAAGUUAAUGAGAAAAACUCCUGUGAGUGAACAGGAGCUCCCCUGCACCGCCUCAGAUCAGGAAAUCUCGCCGUGUUUGGACACGGAGACGAGGGGGGGAAGUGGGUGUACGCACACAGGAGUUGUGUUGUGUGGCUCCACGGCGCUUCGGCUCAGAUGAGCUCACACAACCAAUGCGCACAUCGUAGGAUCCUACCAACGUGAGAAGGCGCAAGGACAUCGAGCGGCAGGCUGGCAGAGUCAGUGGGAAGUGUGGGUGCUUUUGCGUAAAGCCUGGCGACAAAGUAAACAGGGAAAGAGCGACUGGAUCAACUCAGUUGUUUUUUGUUUUUUUGAUGGAAGAAAAUCCACUCUGGGACUGGACUGGCUGCUGGAGCGAUGAGAGGAACCUCACUUCUUUAGAGCGAAUUCUCCUGCUUGGGUAAAAUGCAGCCUCUCGUCUGUCAUCCACUCUCCACUUCAAGCCAGGCUGCUCAUUUGGAAGGACGCCAGACCUCCAGCCUCUCAAAUCUGCAAGUUCAGUCCAAUAAUUUGUGACAUUGUCCGUCAGCCCUGGAAUAAGACAUCGAUACUUUCAAGAAGGGACGUGAUAUUCCUCCGGAAUUUUAACGAUCCCGCGCGCUUUUCCUUAUAAUUAUGCGCUUGGAUUAGGAUGGUGUGGUCCAGCCUGUCGCUUUUUUUUUUUUUUUUUUUUUUUCCUGGAGCAGCGCUGAUAGUGACUGAUUAUUGCUGUUGAUUCUUUUUUGUCCAUGCAAGACCCGCGGUGGAAACAUGUCUGGCCACUUCUCUGAGGGGAUCACUGCUAUCAGAGAUGGCAUUUUGGUCCAGCACUUCGGUUUUCACCUCUAAAGUGCCCCGGAAGAUCUUAUUCAUGUUCACCCUUUCCCUCUCUGUCACAUACUUGUUUUACAGCUUGAUGAGCUGCUACAACUCGCUGCAGUUCCCCCUGCAAGAGAACUACGUGUUUCAGGGCCGCCUGGUGACAGAGGAGACAACUUUUGCCACAUUGAGGGGGAAACUUUACUCCGCUUCCCAGGGUUUCACCGAGGCUGACCGGAGCGCGCUGUCCAGCGUCCGGGAGCAUGCCAAGGCCGAGCAGAGGACCGUGGAGUGGAUUAGGACCCCGGCGUCCCCCACCAAGCCGGCGUUCCACACCACCGUGCUGGAGAGGGAGCACCAGGAGUUCAGCACCACGGACAGCGACCUCCGCGUCAACUGCACUUCGGAUUACGGAGAGAAGAAACUCCCGCAAGCCAUCAUCAUCGGGGUGAAGAAAGGGGGGACCCGGGCCCUCCUGGAGGCUCUCAGGGUGCACCCCGACGUGAGAGCCGUGGGGAAUGAGCCACACUUCUUUGACAGGAACUACGAGAAAGGGCUGGACUGGUACCGAGACCUGAUGCCUUCAACGCUGGAGGGGCAGAUCACCAUGGAGAAGACGCCCAGCUACUUUGUAACUAACCAUGCCCCUAAGCGCAUCCACUCCAUGGCCAAGGACAUCAAGCUUAUUAUUGUGGUGCGCAAUCCUGUAACCAGAGCCAUUUCAGACUAUACCCAAACUCUGUCCAAGAAACCGGAAAUCGCCACCUUUGAGGUUCUGGCUUUUAAGAACCGGACGCUGGGUCUCAUAGAUGCCUCCUGGAGCGCAUUGCGUAUAGGAAUAUAUGCCCUUCACCUGGAAAGCUGGAUGCAGUAUUUCCCUUUGUCCCAAAUGCAUUUCGUCAGCGGAGAGAGGCUCAUCGUCGACCCCGGAGGAGAGAUGGCCAAAGUACAGGACUUCCUGGGACUCAAACGAAUAGUCACCGACAAACACUUUUACUUUAAUAAAACGAAAGGAUUCCCUUGCCUGAAGAAACCGGAGGACAGCAGCACUCCCCGAUGUCUGGGCAAAUCCAAAGGGAGAACUCACCCUAAAAUUGACACGGACGUCAUCCGGCGACUGCACAAGUUCUACAAACCCUUUAACAUGAUGUUCUACCAGAUGACUGGUCAGAACUUCCAGUGGGAGCUGGAGGAGGACAGUGAACCUCGCGGCUCCCAGGACUAGCAUGGCACAACUCGGCCACACCACCAGCCUUCUCACUGAUACUAUCGCCCUGCUUCAUCAUAAGAAAGAGCGCUCCAGCAGGCCGCCGCUGUCCUUGCAGUGUCUAUAUUCAUUAGCAGAGGUUUACUGACAUGCUUUUUUGACGAUGGCAAAUCAUUAUUGUGUAUACAUAAAAUAUAUUUAUAUUUGUGUAAAUGAGAUGAUUUAUUCCUUUUGUUUUCUAAAGCUGAUAAAAUCAUGUCGACUGUGGAGAUGCAUGCGAUGAGUUAAGUGUCCUUACCCCUCAUGAGACCUAAGGCUAAACUCUGCCUGUUUCUUCUCCCUUUAUUUCCCCUGCAGUUUGUUGCCCUAACACCCACUCAGCACUGUUCAGCACAAAAGAUCUUCUAUUUUAAUGGCUGAGGCCAUGAAAUACUUUGGGUUUUUUUUUUUUUUUGUUCCUCAACACGCGUCUGCUGCUUUAGAAGACGGAGAAAGGAGGACAUAUAUAGUACUAUAAUCCUUUGACAUGUGCUUAUCUUUUUAUAGUUCAUAUUCUGAGUUGAGACAAUCCUUUUAAGUUUGCCAAAGUGUUCAUUUACUGUGUGCCACUGUUCUGGUUGCUCGGCACUCAUUAAUUGCGUGCACAUUCAAUAGGGGAGAUGAUGUACAUUGGCCAUCAUUCAAUAAUUGGAUUGUUUCACUGCACAGUUGAACAUUAGCAUACUGAUGACCAUGCACUCUGAUGUGGCGCAGUAUCAGUGGCUUUGGUUUAAUUUCGCAAAUGAGUCCCUCUACUUCCGUGUUAUCAGACGAUCUGGACGGAAAUAUUCCGAGCACACCUAAAGUACUCCAGUUUUAUCCCAGUGCUAGUGACGGGUGGGAAGGACCUAGCUAAAGUUUGUCACCAAACAUCUGCAGCAACACGGUCUUUCUGUCAUUAGAGAUUAAUGGUGUGUUAAAUAAACUGCUGCUGCUGGAACAAA